AUGGAGCUCAGCGAGUGCGAAGACGCCGUGCACGAGGCGCUUCGCCGGCGUCGGCCGCAACUCAUUGUGGGCAUUAUCAACAAGUUCCUGGCGCAGCAGCAGACCAAAGGCAAGAGCUCUGUGGCGGCCAUGGCCUUUGUGUGCCUCGACUGUCGCGACGAUGGUGCGCAUGAAGCCCCGAACGCAGUGCUCGCGCUUUUUUUCGCGGCGCCGCCCCCGACGGUCGUCUUUUGCGCCAAUCGGCUGCACUCCUCCCAAGAAGUCGAAGAGACGAUGGUGCACGAGCUCAUCCACGCUUACGAUUUUACAGUGCGAAACAUGGACAUUACCAAGGCAGAUGUUUUGGCCUGCAGUGAGAUUCGCUCGGCGCGGGAGUCCGAGUGCUACCAAAAGGCACAGCUGUUGGAAAACGUGCUGCCAAAUGUCGCGUUUUUCCAGAAAAGCACGCGCUGGCUCAAUGAGCGCUGCGUCCGAGAACACGCUGUUCGUUCCACGAGUUCGAUGUUUCCUGUAGAAGCGCGGGACGAAGUCGACAAGAUGUUUGACCGAUGCUACGUCGACCGCAGUCCUUUUGACUAA